GUUAUUUACUAAGUUUACUUUCCGGAAAGUUGGGCGCUGAAUGUGAUUAUUGCUAUGGAAGCUACACUGCGAAGAACAGUGAAUUCUGUGACAGAUGUUAUAUUUCCUCCUUCCAAAUCCGCGCAGGAUCCCCAGCAACAUCAAAUAAUUAAAGCUGGUAGUGAAUAUGUCACAAAUCUGCCCCUUCAGAUGGCACUGUAUUUUAAUGCUUUCUUCUCUCCCUUCUGGCUGGUGGCCACCCUUGUCAUUUUUGAAGUAAAAUACUCCACAUUAUCAACACUGUAUGCAAUCAUACUUAUAGCCAUCUACAUAGUGUUUACUAUCAUAGAGUUUGUCAGACUGUAUUUAGGAUUUCUUGGAAACCUAACCGAGAGGGUUCCUGAGUUAGCUGGAUCCUGGCUGUUAACUAUAUUAAUACAGUUGCCAUUGAUAAUGCUGCUUCUGUUCAAUGAGGACGCCAUCUUACUUCCUUUAGAGAGAGCGGUGCAUAUUGUGAUGGCUUUGUUUGUGAUUUUUGAAGUUGUUUGUGGAUAUUUUGCAAUCAGAUUCAUGGUGGAUUAUCAAGUGACAAAAUUUCAUCUGAAACAAUUUUCAGACUUGGAAAAUUUGCCAGAUAGUGACUAUUGGCAGGAUCGAUAUGAAUCCUACACAUGAUAUACCUAAGUGUCCCCAUCCAUAUAUAUUACUUGUAAAUAUCUUCUUCUUUUUUAUGUCUGCAGCAUAUCUAUAAUAAAUGUAUAAUUGUACAUUUCAAAAUAGUGCAAGAAAAGUUGUGAUAUAAUAUUUAUUAUUUUGUAGAUCUAAUU